UUAGAAACCAAUGUAGUUUUUCCGGGAUCUGCCCAAAGCAUAAAAGGACAUAUUUUUUUAUUUAGAAGUAGGCCUACAGAAGAAAUGCGUGUGGGAGUGGUAGGGUAUGGACAUGUAGGGCAAUAUCUAGUACAGCAGAUUGAGGAACAUGCCUCCCUUGAUUUGGCUUUUGUUUGGAACAGAACUCUGUCAGCUUUAGAUGGCCUUAAAAAGGAAGUUAUUCUGGAAAAUCUGGCAGAUUUUGCUGACAGGAAUGCAGAUUUGAUUGUUGAAGUCGCCCAUCCGAACAUUACUAAAGAAUGGGGCCAAAAGUUCCUUGUCGCUGCAGAUUAUAUGAUUGGUUCCCCAACAGCUCUGAGUGAUGCUGCGCUGGAAGCAGAGCUGAGGAACGCUUCAGGUUCUCAUGGUCUGUAUAUUCCUACAGGAGCAUUUUGGGGUGGGGAGGACAUCAAGAAAAUGGCAGAUCGUGGAACAUUACAGGCGCUAAGAGUGACAAUGACAAAACACCCAAGCAGUUUCAAACUUAAUGGUGAUUUGAAGACAAAGAAUGAUCAUGUGGUGGACAAACCAGUUGUUCUAUAUGAAGGUAGUGUGCGUGGGUUAUGUCCCCUUGCUCCAAACAACGUCAAUACAAUGGCAGCGGCGGCAGCAGCAGCACACAAUUUGGGGUUUGAUAAAGUCACAGGGUGUCUGGUGUCAGAUCCAAGUCUAACUGACUGGCAUAUUGUUGAGGUGGAGGUUUGGGGUCCAGGAAAUAUGGACAACGACACAGCUUUUCAUGUCAAAACUGUCCGCCGGAAUCCCGCAAGCAUCGGUGCUGUGACAGGAAGUGCAACUUAUGCUUCAUUCCUAAGCAGCAUGCUAGGAGCCCACGGUAAAGGACCAGGUGUUCACUUGUGUUGAUUCGUUGGAGAUGGAAAUGCAAACAAAUGCAGAUAUUUUUUUUAUAUAUGGGACAGAUAAAACAAUGGCAGGAUAAUAGAAUAUUAUCAUUUGAACAUGUUCACUACAAACACAGAAGGUUUACAUAGAAACGGACGGAACUCUGUAAAUCACUGUCUAGAUGACAAAGGUAUUCGUUAACACUGGUUAGAUAGUGUGAUGUGUAUGAGUGUAUGACUGGAUUAUUCUCCCACAGUUCACCGGUUUAUCUCCAGUUUAAGACGUGAGAGAGUUCUCUGUCAACCCCUAGGGUAUGCCAGAAGUGCUAACCUUCAGUACUUAUGGAAGUUCUUUUUGAGUGACGUCACUAAUAGUUCCCGCUUUGUUAUUUAAUGUCAAAUAUGCGUAUGAGACACAGAGUUUUAUGAAAUGAUAUGUACUGUUGUUAACAUAAGAAUAGUAUCACUGAUACCUUAUUUCAGUGUCUGUUUGAAUAAGUAUUGUGAAUUGAUUUUAGACCUAUGUUUUCUUGUGUAAUGAUAUUUUGGGGUUGUGAUGGGUACUUCUUCAAAUGAGGAUAUUCAUGAGCCUACCAUGUGGAUUUGUUUACAAACAUGCUUAGACCACCAAUUUGAUAUGCAAUUAUUUGAAGUGGUGGGAAAAAUAAAAUAAUUCUCUACUUAGGGAGUGUGACUAAGAAAUCUCAACCCUCGGGGGAAUUCAUGAAAUGUCUAACCCUCGGAAAGCCUUGGAUUGGACGUUCAUGAAUUCCCCCUCGGGUUGAGAUUUCUUUUUCACACCACCAAAGCAGGGAAAGAUUCUAUUAGUGAACUGUCUAUAAAACACUGGUUAGAUAGUGUGACGUGUGGGUGACUGGAAUACUGACCAUGGUAAUUUGUUUGCAUUCUCGUGAUUCAUGAAUAUAGCUUGUAUUUUUAAAGUUCCGUAAUUUAAAACAUUCCAAAUGUGUUCACUAAUAUGUUAUCAAUGCCGUUGUGCCUUUAUUCUGGAACAGAGAGUGAUACAUUUUACACAGUAUUAAAUAUGACAUUGAUAUAUGUGUUCAAAUGUGAUACUUUGUGAUAUGGUUGUUUGGUCACAAAUAUAAAAUCGUCUAUCUAUACUAAGUUAUGAGAUUUUGGUGCAUAUUAUGAAGAAAUAAUUAUAUAUGUACACUAAUUUUCAUAUAAUCAAUAUUGUUCAGGCAAAUUGUGUGGAACUUUUACACCAGCGUUAGAAAAGUUGACAGGACCUUUUGUGAUUUUAUAAUAUUGAAGUAUUAUAAGCUGAUAUUGAGUUUGAAUAAUGUAAUAGAGUUAUUUCCACUUACAAUUUUUGUGAUUCCCCCACCUCAUUAUUAUUACGUUGUUGUGAUGGAUGUCAUGGGUAAUUGAUUAUAGUGUUUUCAGGAAGUACAACAGCAUUUUAAUCAGAAUAUUAUUUUUACAGUAAAGGAAUAAAGCAUUAUGAAAAUAGAA